UCCGUAUAUUCAAAUCUGAAGUCUACAAAGCUAAGCGGUCGAAUAAUUAACAACGCAACCUGUUCCACAACAAUAUCAGUCUCAGAUUCGACCGAAGUCGCCAAAUUGCCAACCAGUCGCCACGAUGCUGCUCAGAAGUAUCUAUAUAAUUGGAAUUCAUUGUGGCAUUUUUACAAGCACCUCGCGCGCAAGAUUGGGGAGCUGCUGAUCUUCGUCAAAGAGGCUAUUGGAGUUGGGGUUUGAGAGAGGGAUGAGUUUCAGGGAUGAUAGUGAAGAUGGGAGGGACCUCAAGAAGCCCUUUCUGCACUCGGGGAGCUGGUAUCGUAUGGGUUCGAGGCAAUCCAGUCUGAUGGGUUCAUCUCAGGCGAUUCGUGACAACUCCAUCUCUGUUGUUGCCUGUGUUCUUAUCGUUGCUUUGGGCCCUAUCCAGUUUGGCUUCACGGGAGGGUAUUCCUCACCGACCCAAUUUGCAAUUACUAGGGAUCUUGACCUUACUGUCUCGGAGUUCUCUUUAUUUGGUUCUUUAAGCAACGUUGGUGCUAUGGUUGGGGCUAUAACCAGCGGUCAGUUGGCUGAGUAUAUUGGGCGGAAAGGGGCCUUAAUGAUUGCUGCAAUUCCCAAUAUCAUAGGAUGGCUUGCUAUAUCAUUUGCGAAAGAUUCUUCUUUCCUCUACAUGGGGAGGUUGUUGGAAGGAUUUGGCGUGGGGAUAAUCUCUUACACGGUCCCGGUUUACAUAGCCGAGAUAGCACCCCAAAACUUGAGAGGAAGUCUCGGUUCGGUCAAUCAGCUGUCUGUUACCUUGGGAAUACUGCUGUCUUAUCUGCUGGGACUAUUCGUUCCAUGGAGAAUACUUGCAGUUUUGGGAACUUUGCCUUGUACAAUAUUGAUACCUGGAUUGUUUUUCAUCCCAGAAUCUCCAAGAUGGCUGGCAAAGAUGGGGAUGACAGAAGAAUUUGAAACAUCUUUGCAAGUUCUUCGCGGAUUUGAUACCGAUAUUACUAUUGAAGUAAAUGAAAUCAAGAGGUCUGUAGCUUCAGCCAACAGAAGAAGAACUAUUAGAUUUGCAGAUCUGAAACAGAAACGAUACUGGUUGCCUUUGUCGAUUGGUAUAGGAUUACUUAUUCUGCAGCAACUAAGUGGAAUUAAUGGUGUUUUGUUCUAUUCAAGUACCAUCUUUGCAUCUGCCGGUAUUACCUCCAGUAAUGCAGCUACAGUUGGCCUUGGCGCUAUUCAGGUUGUUGCCACUGCAUUUACAACAUGGGUGAUUGACCGCGCAGGACGUCGUCUUCUACUUAUUAUCUCCUCUGGCGGAAUGACUCUUAGCCUUCUGAUUGUUGCUGUGGCAUUUUUUGUGAAGGAUGCUGUCUCUGAGGAUUCCAGUUUGUAUAGUAUAGCGGGGAUCGUAUCGGUAGUCGGGGUUGUGGCCAUGGUUGUUGCUUUCUCUCUGGGUGUUGGAGCAAUUCCAUGGAUCAUAAUGUCUGAGAUUCUUCCUGUGAAUAUCAAGGGUCUUGCUGGUAGUAUAGCAACACUAGCCAACUGGUUCAGCGCAUGGGGAGUCACUAUGUCUGCGAACCUUCUCUUAGGAUGGAGCAGUGGAGGAACAUUCACAAUCUACAUGGUGGUGACUGGUUUCAUGGUGCUAUUUGUUACUCUUUGGGUCCCUGAGACCAAAGGCAGAACUCUUGAAGAAAUUCAGUUUUCCUUCAGAUAAACCAUCUCUCUCUUUUCCUCUUUGAUUUUUUGGUUAGAAAGAGCACAUAUCUGCUGCCAUCCUCAUCAGACUCUUUCUCUCUCUCCCAAACCAUAAAGUCUUCUCCUUGGUUUUUUCUCAUCUUAGCCAAUAAUUUUGUUUACACUAAAAUUGAUUUAAUAUAUGCUUCUAGUUUUUAGUU